AGCAAACAACCCACUAAACUACAUGUCACUCCACUCCACUUAACAUACUUCCCCACUUAUAUAUAUACACUCACUGCCCACACUCUUUCUCUGAGUUCCUAAACCAUUAAAGAAACUUGAGUUCAGUUUUCCUACAAAUUAAACCAUGAAAACCCAUCUUGUUUCUCUUGUUUUCCUCUUCUUUUCCCUAGCCGAAGGUCUGCACCCCAAAUGUGACACCCAAGACCAUGGCUCAAACCUCCAAGUGUUCCACAUUUACAGCCCAUGCUCACCUUUCAAACCCUCAAAGCCACUCUCAUGGGAAGAGGAUUUGCUCCAAACGCAAGCCAAGGACCAGGCCAGGCUGCAGUACUUGUCAAGCCUGGUGGCUAAGAAAUCCGUGGUGCCAAUAGCUUCAGGCAGGCAGAUUGUGCAGAGUCCAACUUACAUUGUCAGGGCCAAAAUUGGAACCCCACCUCAAACCAUGCUCAUGGCCAUGGAUACUAGCAAUGAUGCUGCUUUGUUACCUUGCUCAGGCUGCCUUGGCUGCUCUUCUAGUGUUUUCGACAAUGCUAAAUCAACCACAUUCAAGGCCCUUGGCUGCCAAGCUGGUCAGUGCAAGCAGGUACCAAACCCCACUUGCGAUGGAAGCGCGUGCAUAUUCAACAUGACCUAUGGUGGUUCAAGCAUUGCAGCAAACCUCUCACAGGACACAAUCACCUUAGCCACUGACCCUGUCCCGAGCUACACUUUCGGUUGUCUCCAAAAGACAACCGGUAACUCGGUGCCGCCGCAGGGCCUACUGGGGCUGGGCAGAGGUCCACUGUCACUUCUCUCACAAACCCAAAACUGGUACCAAUCCACAUUUUCAUACUGCUUGCCUAGCUUUAGGUCUCUAAACUUCUCUGGGUCAUUGAGACUUGGGCCAGUUGGGCAGCCAUUAAGGAUCAAGUACACCCCAUUGCUGAAGAAUCCUAGAAGACCAUCACUUUACUUUGUGAAUCUGAUUGGAAUUAGAGUUGGAAGGAAAAUUGUUGAUGUCCCACCAAGUGAUUUAGCUUUCAACCCUACCACCGGUUCUGGUACCAUUAUUGAUUCUGGUACCGUCUUCACCCGGCUAGUAGCAACGGCCUACGUAGCUGUCCGGGACGAGUUCCGAAGGCGAGUUAGGGUCACCAACGUGACAUCCCUCGGUGGGUUCGACACAUGUUACACCGUCCCAAUCGUGGCACCGACGAUAACGUUCAUGUUCGCAGGCAUGAACGUGACACUGCCACAAGACAACCUACUAAUCCACAGCACGGCAGGCAGCAUCACGUGCUUGGCCAUGGCAUCCGCACCAGAGAAUGUGAAUUCAGUGUUGAAUGUGAUAGCCAAUAUGCAGCAACAGAACCAUAGGGUACUUUUCGAUGUGCCCAAUUCGAGGCUGGGAGUGGCCCGUGAGCUCUGCACCUAGACUUUUUGGUUGCAUUCUCCUAGUAACUUUUGGGAAAGAGUGGGAAUUGGAACAUGGGGGACACAAUAUGUGACAUCCAAAUCUAAGUCAAUUUUUUUUUGUAGCUGUGUAUUUGGGGCAAGUCUAAGUCUAUGUCACGGGCUUUCUAUCUAUUAUCUCAUCUCGUUGUAAUUAGUUUAGUAGGCUGUACCAUGUUACGGGUCAUUUACAAAUUAAGACUUAAGUUGUCAAGAAAUUUCUGUUUAUUAAAGUAACUUUUAUGUACCAUUUCUUAUUACUAUUUAUAUUUUACA